UGUUGUUUUGUUUUAGUUGCACGAUAUUUAGCUCUUGUUAAUUUGUGGUGAAAAGUCCGUGUAGAGUGCAUAGAAAUAUUCUAAUUGAUCGUAUGUUUACAAAAAAAGAAGUAUCGAUCGAAAAAUUCGUUGAAAACAUUGUGAAAUGGUAUUAAUGUAACCUAACGUAUAGUAUCACUAUAUCGAGUGUGAAGCUAGAGUCUAUCGUUCAACUUUGUAAUAUAUAAACGUUGAUUUUACAAUAUUACUAUAAACUAUUAUUUUUUAUUAUUACGAACAUUAAAUAAGCAGAAUAUGAAUUAUGUGAAAAAAAAGUGAUAACAACGCGCGAAAUUACGGACCUGCGCACUAACUUGGACGUUCCGAUCAGUUUAACAACAGUGUUUCUUUUAGUUAAACCUAACCUAUUGUGCAUUUUUUGAAAGACUCCCAUCUUAAGUGCAAUUGCUUUGUAUUUUUUUCAUUAAGAAUACCAAUAUCGAACGCGAAAAAUGGCAGCACCAGAAGCGAUACAAGUUAGUUCGCUACCCCUACCUCCAGUGCAAUAUAUUAAUUUGUACACAGACGAAAAUGUUCGUCGAGGCAGAGCACCACGACCACCACCGCCGAUACACGAUACUUAUUCAAUGUUUGGAAAUGUAUUUAAUGCAGACGAUACAAUCAUUAGACCACUCGAAGCUCAAGGAAUUAAAAGGUUAUAUCCUCAGCAUUUCGAUCGGCGACGGGAGUUAAAAAAAUUGAAUCACUCAUUGCUUGUUAACUUCUUGGAUUUGAUAGAUCUGCUCGUACAAUGUCCUGACAGCCCAAGACGUGCUGAAAAGGUGGAAGAUCUUAGUUUACUAUUUAUUCACAUUCAUCAUUUGUUAAAUGAAUUCAGACCACAUCAAGCAAGGGAAACGCUAAGAGUAAUGAUGGAAUUGCAACGCAGACAACGUAUAGAAACAGCACUUAGGUUUCAAAAACAUUUAGAGAAGGUUCAAGAGAUUUUACAACAUGCAUUGCACAUGUUGCCAGAUACUUCAGAAUUGGAUUCUAAAUUAGCAAUAAAUACAGAUGCUAUGGAAUCUGUUGAUAAUUUAGGUUCUGAACAACAAACUCCAGAUCCAUGUAGUCCAAGUGAUCGCAUUAUGUGCAAGACAAUAGAUGAUAUGAUUUCAACAAAUGGACUGUAUUAAAUGAAUUUCUUUUCUUAUAAGAUGCUGUAAAAAGUAUUGUAAUUAUAUUUGUAAGAUACAUUGUGAUAAUAACUAUUUUACAAAUAUAGUUUAUUUAUUAAACGACAAGAAACAAUAUUAUAUAUACAUUGCAUAUAUUAAAAAAACACAUUGCAGUUUAAAUAUCAUUUAUUUCUUGAAUAAUGUAAUAAAUGUAUUGAAUUGGAAUUUACAUAUUUAAAAUUAUAAUAAACAGAAAUAAUAGUUUUAGAAUAUUACAAUAUACUAAUACAUGAGCAAAUUUGAUAUAAUUAUAUAAUUAACAAACAUUUGUAUUAAAUAUUAAUUCAAACAUGUAUAAAUAUUCAAUAACUGUAAAUUUUUUACAAUCUUUUUAAUUAGCCAUACAUAGUGACAUUCGAUAUUGGGCAUAAAAAAUACAACAUAUAUUAUGCAAUAGUAUUAUUUAUUAAAUUAAAUGAUAAUAUAUUCACGAAUUAUUAUUAUCAUUAGUAUUACACAAGUUUUAUUCAAUGGUGGAUAGGAAAAGGAUACAAUAUGUUCUGAAACUCACCUUACAAAACAGCUACCAUCAAUAUAUAGAUAAAAGACAAUAUACAACCGUACCUUGGUUCCUGAAAAAAGUACAUUAUAAUUUCUUAUGAGCCUCCAACCUUGGACUUACUGGACAACCUGUAAUCAAAACAUGAUUAUUUUUGUUCUGCUUUGCCAUCCUCAGUCAGCAAUCACCGUACAGCAUCUGCAAGAUAAAAUGUAUACAAUAAACUACACCAUCAUUCAUGUAAUCAAAGAAACUUUUUGACUUGAAAAAUCACUUGUUUUAGUUAUAUUAUUUAGUAAACGAUUUUAUAAUUUUAUGCUGAUCUUUAUAUCAUUUUGAUAUGUCUUUUUGUACUCAAAUUAGACAUUUUAAUAGAAGAACAUUCAUCCAUUUAGUUAAAAAAAUAUGUAAACACUUAAUAAUAAUACAAACAUAAAAUUAAUAAAUGAAGCACAUAAAUAAGUAUAGCUAAUUUCGAAUUUAAGAAAACAACAGCUUUUUAAGUUUCUUUGAUUCCAUUAUUCUCUCAGAAUUAGAUACUCUGUCAUUGUCCCUCUGAUUGCUCUGGUCUGCACUGCCUGUUGACAAAAGAAAUGAGAUAUGAUCAAGAGAGAAAGGACUAGGAAGAACUAGGAGAUAGGGGAAUACAUUUUGAUACUAUUUUAACAUCCAAAAUUGUUAUGGCAGAGAAAUAUUGUCUGUCUUUUGUAAAUACGUGUAACACAAGUGUCCGAGCACAAGCCAAUCAUUGUACAGUAAGAAUUUGUAAAUAUUCUGUAUCAAAUAGAUGUAAUUUUUUGUUUGUGACAUCUGAUGUUUCUUCAAAUACUUCAAAUGAUUCAUGUAUUGUGUUGCCACACCAUUUUCUCUUCGGUAGUUCGUGUAUAUUGUAUUGCCUGUUAAGGUACCUGGUUUAAAAUUUUCGUAAUAAACACUUCUUCAAGUUCAUGAUA